AUGAGUCCUUUAUCUUCCCUGAAAGCGACUCUGCUCGCUGUAGGGCUCUUUGUCUCGACCUCCGUGUCAAGCCCCCUCCUCGCUCGCAACACCAGCGCGGAUGCCAGCUUGGGUGCCAGCGCUACCAAUUGGUGGUUCGGCAAUGUCGAGCGCACCGGCAAAGUCCCAUUUGGAAGCAGCGCUAGCUACCCCGUCUUCCGCAAUGUCAAGGACUAUGGUGCUGUCGGUGAUGGCAAUACAGACGAUACCGACGCCAUCAACGCAGCCAUCACUGCUGGUGGCCGCUGUGGUCGUGGCUGUGACUCGAGCACGAACACUCCUGCGCUCGUCUUCUUCCCACCUGGAACCUAUCUUGUAUCCCGGCCACUCAACCAGUUCUACUACACGCAUAUGGUCGGCGAUCUUCUUGAUGUUCCCACUCUCAAGGCAGCCGCCGCCUUCACCGGUUUUGCUGUGAUUGAUGCCAAUCCGUAUGAUAGCAACGGCUUCAACUGGUUCACCAAUCAGAACAACUUCUUCCGCCAGAUCCGCAACUUCAAGAUUGACCUCACCGCUCAGCCCAUGAACACCGGCACCGGCAUCCAUUGGCAGGUAGCACAGGCUACUUCCCUGCAGAACAUUGAGUUCUUCAUGGUGCAGUCUGACUCUGAAGAUAACCGGCAGCAAGGUAUCUUCAUGGAGAACGGAUCUGGCGGCUUCAUGACGGACCUGAUCUUCCAUGGUGGAGGCAUCGGCGCUGCCUUUGGCUCGCAGCAGUUCACCGCGCGCAACCUCCAGUUUAACAACUGCAAGACCGCUAUUUCCAUGUUCUGGAACUGGAUUUGGAACUUCCAUGGCCUCAAAGUGACCGGCUGUGGUCUUGGUAUCGACAUAUCCAGCAGGGGUGACGAGGGUCAGAGUGUCGGAACAACCAUCAUUCAAGACGCCACCUUUACCAAUACUGCUGUCGGUGUUCUGACGGCUUAUGAUACCAAUCAGAGCGGUACUAGUGGUACUCUCAUUAUUGACAACACUGAUUUCGUCAACAGCCCCGUUGCUGUUCGCUCCGAUGUUACCGGAAACACGAUUCUGGAGGGCAACAAGCGUAUCGACUCUUUUGUUCAGGGCCGAUCCUAUGUCGGUUCAUCUGGAAGCGCCGUUCAAGCUGAGCGACCUGCCCCUGCGAAACCGGCUGUCCUUCUCGAUGGCGCUGGGCACAUUUUCACUCGCUCGAAGCCGCAGUACGAGAACGUCCCUGCGAGCAAGUUCAUAUCCGUUAAGAGGCAUGGAGCCAAGGGCGACGGUAUUGCAGAUGACACCGCGGCUCUGCAGGCUGCUUUCAAUGCCGCUGCUGCUGACGAAGUCGUGUUUUUCCCACACGGCGCCUACCUGAUCCACGAUACUAUCGAUAUCCCCGCGAACAUUCGAAUUGUCGGUGAGAUCUGGCCUCUCUUGAUGGCAGCUGGCGAUAGCAACUUCCAAAAUCAGCUUAACCCCAAACCUAUGCUUCGUGUAGGUCAGCCAGGCGAUGUUGGCAAUGUCGAGAUCUCCGACUUCAUGAUUGAGACCAAGGGUAGCCAGCCAGGCGCGAUUCUCAUGGAAUGGAACUUGGAGUCUGCGUCCAAGGGAUCUGCCGGUUUGUGGGACGUUCACUUCCGUAUCGGCGGAUCUGCUGGUACGCAGCUACAAUCCGAUACCUGUACCAAGUCUCCAAAUGUUCCCACGCAGCCCAACCCCGACUGCAUCGGGGCUUUCAUGCUGAUGCAUAUCACCGAGACGGCCUCGAUCUACAUGGAGAACACAUGGCUUUGGGUCUCUGACCACGAGCUCGAUCGCAACGACCAUAAUCAAAUCAACAUCUACAACGGCCGUGGCCUUCUCGUGGAAUCAACAAAGCCGGUUUGGCUCUGGGGAACCGCAUCGGAGCACAAUGUUCUGUACAACUAUCAUUUCCAGAAUGCGCAAAGUGUAUACAUGACAGUCAUCCAGACCGAGACAGCCUACUUCCAGGCCAAUCCUGACGCAACUGUUCCAUUCAUCACCCAAGCCGAGUGGCACGACCCUGAAUGGGAGUCUUGCUUGACAAACGACAGGUGCCGAAAGACCUGGGGUCUACGCGUGCAAGAUUCCAAAGAUAUCCUCUUUUACGGUGGUGGCAUGUACUCGUUCUUUGAAAACUACAAACAGGAAUGCUUGGAUACGGAAGAUUGCCAAGACAACAUGGUCGAGAUCAACAACUCCAAUAUUGUCAUGUAUGGUGUGAACACAAAGGCAUCCACCAACGUCAUCACCCUCAAUGGUAAGGGUGCAAUGACUCACCUACCGGAUAACGAGAGCACCUUUUGUGCGGCUAUUGCGGCGUUUGUCCCUGCCUGA